AUGCUCCUUUCGGUAUUCCUUAUCGCCCUCGACCAGACCAUCACCUCUACUGCAAUCCCGCGCAUCGCAUCCGAGUUCAACAGCCUCAACGACGUGACCUGGAUCGCCAGUGCCUACUUCCUUACUCAGGCUGGAUGUCUGAUGCUCUACGGUCAACUGCUGGUCAUCGCCCCCACUAAGUGGGUGUACAUAAGCGCCAUCACUCUAUUCGAGAUUGGCAGCUUGAUUUGCGGUGUGGCGCCCACUGUGAAUGUCCUCAUCUUCGGACGUGCGUUUGCGGGUGUCGGUGCAGCUGGAAUAUUCGUCGCCGUACUAUCCAUCAUCGCCCAGAUCACGCACAUCUCCAAGCGUCCCCUCCUCUUCGGUUCCUUCGCCGGUGUCUUCGCCCUCGCCUCCGUCGUCGGUCCUCUCUUAGGCGGCGCCUUUUCGGACCACGUGACCUGGCGGUGGUGCUUCUACAUCAACCUCCCCAUCGGCGCUGUCUCCGUCGUCGUCAUCCUCCUGCUUAUCGAAGCCCGCCCUGCCAUAGGCAGCGAAGUGACAGACGGGAUGAACCAGCUCCAACGAUGGCUGUCUCUCGACUGGAUAGGCGCCUUCCUCAGCAUAGGCAUGGUUGUAUGCCUCAUCCUCCCCCUCCAAUGGGGGGGCAAUUCCAAGCCCUGGAACGACCCAGCGGUCAUAGCGACGUUCUGCGUCUUCGGUGCUUUGCUCAUCGUUUUCGUACUCUGGGAAUGGAGGAUGGGUCCCCGCGCACUCAUGCCCCUCCAGAUGUUCCGCCGCCGUACGCAAGUCGGCGCUUGCCUAGAAGCGUUCUGGAUCAUGCUGUGCAUGCUACUCGCGACGUACUACCUUCCAUUGCUGUACCAGGCAAAAGGGCACAGUGCGACCCAGAGCGGGAUCGACAUUCUCCCCUUCAUGCUCGCCACCGUGAUCAGCGCUGCAGGUUCAGGAGGAAUCAUCAACGCAACCGGUCGCUACUGGCCCUUCAUCUUCACCCUCCCUCUGCUCACCGCCGUCGGCGCCGGCCUGCUAUUCACGAUCGACUCCUCAACAUCGAAUGCCAAGCUCAUCGGUUUCCAAAUCCUGUACGGCGCAGGCAUUGGCGGCAGCAUGCAGAAUACCAUCAUCGCCGUCCAGGCGGAGUAUCAUGCUGAGGAGCGGAUGAUACCUCAGGGCACGUCGAUGGUCAAUUUCACCCAGCUUAUUGGGGGCGUUAUCGGCAUCUCCAUCGCAGGGACGGUAUUUGCCAACCAGCUUGGUAGCCAACUGGCACAGUAUGCGCCCGGGCUCGACCCGUCCAUCGUACAGACGCUCAAGGAGAGUGUCACCGUCGUCGCCACUCUUCCGCUGGAUCAGCAAGGCCCGAUCAUCGAAGCGUAUACGAAGGCGCUAGAUUAUGUCUAUAUUAUUGGCGUGCCAGCGGGAGUGUUGGGCACGUUGAGCGCAUUGUUGAUCAGGAAUAUGAACCUGAAGGAGCUGGGCGUGCAGUUGGGCGCUGCGCCGGUGUAG